AUGUUCAAACUCUUCUAUAUUCUUUCUUUCUUUCUCUGUCCUCUUCUCUCUUUCUUUUUCUCCUCUAUCCCUUCUCACUAUUCUGUAUCUUUCCAUUUUUAUCUAUUUCUUAAUGUUUUCUUUUUCCAGUAUGUCUUUUUCUGCUUAAAAUUUAUUGUUCUUUUAAAUGCUUUAUAUAUUUUCUUUUUUGUUCUCUUUUUUUUUAUUAUGUCUCUUUCUGUUUUCGCUUUUACCUCGUUUUUUUUACUUCGCUAUCGUUCUUUCUUUCUUUUAUCUUUUCUCUGUUCUUUUUUUUACAUUUCUCUCUUUUUUCUUUACUUAAUUCUCUUUGUUUCUUUCCCUUUACUCUUUCUUUCUCAUUCUCACACUCUUCUUUUUCUUCUUUUUUCAUUUUCUAUUUCUUUUCUUUUACUUAAUUCUCUUUGUUUCUUUCCCUUUACUCUUUCUUUCUCAUUCUCACACUCUUCUUUUUCUUCUUUUUUCAUUUUCUCUAUUUCUUUUCUUUACUUAAUUCUCUUUGUUUCUUUCCCUUUACUCUUUCUUUCUCAUUCUCACACUCUUCUUUUUCUUCUUUUUUCAUUUUCUCUAUUUCUUUUCUUUACUUAA